UUGCCCUUCACUGUGCGCGUUGCGGCAGGGCAAAAAUUAAUUUUUAAUUGCAGAUCGUACCUUUUUACGUAUUUGGUGGUCAACAUUGAACGGACAGCAUGAAGAAAAUGUUUGCAAGCGUGAGAAUAAAAUAAAAUUAGCAUGUAUGAGGUGUGAGGAAUACGAACGGCACAUUAAACGGUGCUGUUAUUGCAUUUCUUAUCGCACCCCCUUAUUUUGCCAUCCCUUCGCACCCCCAUGAAAAGCACCACAAAUCCGCACAUCGAUCCCCAAGAAGUGGCGCGUUUAACCCGCAAAACAGCACAGGCCCUACGAAAAUCAUUCUUCAAGUCGCCAGACUACGCCACGGCAUGCAUCCACACAUCGGCCCUAGCCCUGCUCACCACACCUUUGAACCACUACAAAUGUGCGCUUCUCCAGAUCAUGCUCAAGGAGAACUCCGAUGCGAUGUUCAGCAUGCUUAAGGCAGCCGAGUUUAGCGCGUAUUUCUAUGAGCGGGCGGGUAUGCUCAGCUUUGUGAACGGAUGCUAUUCUGUGGGCGGGAACGCGUUUGUUAAGGGAUAUGAGAUGGUUGGGGAUGAUAGGGUGUUUGGAAGUGUUAGGGGAUGGGCUGGGGAGAGGGAGAGUAUUGUUGUGGAGAUGAUGAGGACGGGGAAGGACUGCGAUGUUGUUGAGGAUUACGAGAGGUACUGCUGUGCGAGGGCAGAACAGAACAGCACAGGUAGCGGUAACAGCGCAGGUAACACAAAUAUUGUCAAUCCACCGGUGCACCUCUCCACGCUCUCAUACAUCCCCGUUACCGAUACAUCGCUGCCAUCCACAAAGCUAAAUUACCUGCACAACGCCCACGUUCUCUACAAAAAGGCCCAAAUGCCAAAAACAGCAGAUCUGAUAAAAUUAAAAAUACUGAAGGAAUGCAUCAUCCAGAGGAAGUACGAUCAUGCCGUAUACUACGCACACGCCAAUACGGAUGUGAUGAGAAUGUUGCUGUUUCUGAACGGUGGUGAGGAUGAAGAACUGAGAGUUAUGGAUGAGAGUGAGGUUAGGAUGAUGGGGAUUGAUGAGUGUGGAGGGAUGUUGGUUGAGGAGGUGUUGGGGAGAAGGAACAGCGAGUAUGAGCUGUUGUAGGGUGCACGUUAAGAUUUGUUGGAUUCUUAGGUUUGGUGUUUUGAUGAGUGAAUGAAUGAGUGAUGGAGUGAUGAAGCAUGGCAAUGAAGUAGUAAAUAAAUUGGUGCGUGGCAUUCACACAGAGAUAAAUAAAAAGCACCGAACAUUCGCA